AUGGCGGGGGACGAGUGUGGGGUUGAAGGGCUUUUCUCAGCUUUUUUUCCACAAUUGUUGUUGCGACAACCAUCUAGAUUUUAUUUACUUUCUGCCUUGAGCAAACCUGGGAAAUCUUCGUGGGACCGUAUUUCCAGAUAUUUCUCUCAUAAACGCCGCGUCAUAACCAUCAGACAUUUUCCAGAUACAAAAAUGGGCAAAGCAAGAAAGAACAGAGUGCGUGCCAGCCGCGCAGACCCCAUCGCAAGGACUUCAAAACCACCAUCUGAUCCAGAGCUUGCAAAGCUCCGUGAGAGCAAAAUUCUCCCCAUUCUCAAGGAUCUCAAGAACCCCGAAGCCAAAUCAAGAACACAGGCUGCCGGCGCCAUCGCCAACAUCGUUCAAGAUGCCAAAACCAGAAAGCUGCUUCUCAGGGAGCAGGUUGUUCACAUUGUUCUCACCGAGACACUCACAGACAACAGCAUCGACAGCCGAGCUGCUGGCUGGGAGAUUCUCAAGGUUCUCGCUGAGGAAGAGGAGGCCGAUUUCUGUGUACACCUAUACAGACUCGACAUUCUGACUGCCAUCGAGCAUGCUGCCAAGGCUAUUCUUGACACACUCACAUCAACUGAGCCUGUCUUCUCCAAGCUCACCAAGGCUCAGCAGCGUAUUGUAUGGGAGAUCUCAAGCUCCCUUCUUGCUCUCCUCAAUCUUCUCGGCAUGGCCCGCGAGGAGAUCACCACCGCUAUCGUGGCUAACCAAACCAUCGUCAGAUUCCUCUUCCGUCUGGCUGCCUCAGAGUCCACGCCGCAAGAGAUCUACGAGGAGACCCUCUCCUGCCUGACGACACUUUCAGAAGACAACCUCGAGCUGGGCCAAACCAUGACGAACGACCAGGAAACUAGAUGCUACGACGUCCUUCUCAAACUUGCCUCUGGCUCCGGUCCUCGAUCGGUGAUGGCGUGCGGUGUUCUUCACAAUGUUUUCUCGUCAUUACAAUGGCUCGACCACAGCCCCGGGAAGGACGGCGCUUGCGAUGCAGUUCUUAUUGGAACCCUCACUCGUGCAUUGGAACAUGUACCUUCGGCGAGCGCCGUGGCUAAUGGGAACGCCAACCAGGGAGCUGUUGUCCAAUUAGCUUUGGAGAUUUUGGCUUCUAUCGGUGCCGAUUUGCAGGAGACUCUUGAGAAGGGCAACCGUUCUCAACCAAAGGAGGAGGAAUGGAACGGACUUGAGGACAAGCCUGAGGGUGACGACGCGAUGGAUGUGGACGGAGCUUCUAAUGCCGGGGACGGUGAUGACGAAGACAAGGAGGACGAUGAGGAGGAUGACGACAUGGAUGAAGACGAGGAGGAUGACGAUGACGAUAUUGCCGAUCUGGAAGCCGAUAUGGAAAAGGUAACAGGAGCCGACGACCCAUUUGACUCUGGAGAUCUGGACGACCUUCCCACGCUCGGCGCCUUCAUUCAACAAGCUAUCCCGCAAUUGGUUCGUCUAUCCAAUAUUCAGAUCGAUGGCGAAGAGAACCUCGCCAUCCAGUCAAACGCCCUGACGGCCCUCAACAAUAUUGCCUGGACCGUCUCAUGCAUCGACUUCUCUGAGAGCGAAAACUCUAACAUCUAUGAUGCGUGGUAUCCAGCCGCCAAAAAGAUUUGGGUCAAGGCCAUCACUCCCAUCGUCGAGGCUGACAAUGCUGAUCUCGACCUCGCCACCCAAAUAGCCAGUCUUGCCUGGGCUAUUGCCCGCAGCUUGGGUGCAAAUGUACCGUUGACUCCAGGCCAACAUCGCAAGUUCAUUGCGCUCUACCAGGCCGCGAAGAACCAGCCAAAACCAGAAGAAGGAAAGGAGGUUGACCCCCUCCAGGGUCUGGGCGUCAAGUGCGUUGGUAUCCUUGGCUCUUUAGCCAGGGACACAGCUCCUAUUGAUCUCAACCGCGAGAUUGGCGUCUUUUUGAUCACUCUCCUCCAGAGCUGUGAGCAGGACAAGACCAUCCCACCGGCUGAUGUUGUAGAGGCUGUCAACCAGAUUUUUGACAUUUAUGGUGAUGAGGCCAUGGAAUAUGAUAAGGAAGUGUUCUGGAAGGAGGGCUUCCGUAAGCAUCUGGAGGACUUUUUGCCCAAGUUGAGAGCGUUGGCGAAGGGAAUUGAUAAGAGGGCACAGGGGGAGUUGAGGGAUAAGGCGGAUGAGGCGGUGUUGAAUUUGGUGAGGUUUUUGAAGUAUAAGAAGACUCAUGCGCCCAAGGAGGGGAAGCAGAAGAAUGAGGAGAGGGUGUUGAAUGAGAAGGCUAUGGCUAUGAGGUAGGAGAUUUGGGGUGGGAUACAUGAUCUGAAAUGGAUUUUUAUAAAGGGUUCAUGGUCAAGCCUGCGUAAUGUUGUCCAUAUUGUACUCUUGAGGGAUCGCUAUCCCCAUGAACGAAGGCUGCUUGUAUUUCAACUACGAUGGCUCAUUUUCUAAUAGGUGAAGUCGCAUUUUCCAAGAUGCGUUUUGUCGUCUUGAUUACGAACCACGCGGAUCUCACCUUGAAAGGGAUGGCUUGUGGACAGAACAUCCAACCAAGACCC